ACGUGCGUGAGAAGAGCAUAAGACGACAAAAGUAAACCCAAAAUAAAAUAAAAAAAGAUUUCUCUUUACAAAUUUCCUAAAUUCUUGGAUUUGAUUUCUCCGAUCUGUACAAUGAUGAUGAGUCGCGGUGGAGCCAAGGCGGCGAAAUCGCUUUUAGCGGCGGGUGGACCACGUUUGUUCUUCUCGACGACCACUAAUACGAUCCGUGCUGUUUCGUCUCACGAGGCGGCGUUAUCAGCUAGCCGUCUUUUGAAGCCUGAGGUUGCUUCUGCUUGGAUCUGGACUAGAGCUCCGACGGUUAAUGGAGGUAUGAGAUUCGCCAGCACGAUUACUCUUGGGGAGAAAACGAAGGAGGAAGAGGCGAAUCAGAAGAAAACAGAGAACGAAUCUGCCGGUGGAAACGCCGGCGCCGGAGGUAACAACAAGGGAGAGAAAGGUAUCAUGAGUUAUUGGGGUGUUGAACCUAAUAAGAUCACUAAAGAAGAUGGUUCUGAAUGGAAGUGGAACUGCUUCAGGCCAUGGGAGACUUAUAAAGCUGAUACGACAAUAGAUCUGAAGAAGCAUCAUGUUCCGACGACGUUUCUUGAUAGAAUCGCUUAUUGGACUGUUAAAUCUCUUCGUUGGCCUACAGAUCUCUUCUUUCAGAGGCGAUAUGGAUGUAGAGCUAUGAUGCUUGAAACUGUGGCAGCAGUGCCUGGAAUGGUUGGAGGAAUGUUGCUACACUGCAAAUCUCUCCGUCGUUUUGAGCAAAGUGGAGGAUGGAUCAAAGCUUUACUCGAGGAAGCGGAGAAUGAGAGGAUGCAUCUCAUGACUUUCAUGGAAGUUGCGAAACCCAAAUGGUACGAGAGAGCUCUUGUGAUCACUGUGCAAGGAGUUUUCUUUAACGCCUAUUUCCUUGGUUACCUCAUCUCUCCCAAGUUUGCUCACCGUAUGGUUGGGUACCUUGAAGAGGAAGCGAUCCAUUCUUACACUGAGUUCCUCAAGGAACUUGACAAACGUAACAUUGAGAACGUUCCUGCUCCUGCUAUUGCCAUUGAUUACUGGAGGCUCCCUGCUGAUGCUACGCUCCGUGAUGUUGUGAUGGUUGUUCGUGCUGACGAGGCGCAUCACCGUGACGUCAACCAUUUUGCAUCUGAUAUUCACUACCAAGGUCGUGAACUAAAGGAAGCUCCAGCUCCAAUUGGGUAUCAUUGAUUUGAUUUAAAGAUCUUUUUCUCAAGUUUAGUUCUAAAGAAUUGGAGUUCUUUCAUUUGUAUAUACAUCACCCCUCUCCUACUAGAGCCAAACUUGGAAUCGGCUUACCUAUGAUGACUAUGAAUGUUAUAUUUGCUACGAAUGCUCUGUUUUUUUUUAAUGAAAGCAGUAUGUACUUUCCUUCGUUUUCCUCUUAUGGGCUUCUGGGCUUUUAUUUUGAUA